AUGUUUAUUGCAGUGCAGAAAACUGGAGCUGAAGCUGCUCACAGUUUGUUUGUAGAAGUGAAGGUGCUCAGCGGGACGUCCCGUCUGACGGAUCGGGGGGCGGCUCCAUUUGUCCCGGGGGGGACGGACAGCGGGUCGUCUGUUGCUCAGCAGCUCCGAUGCGUCAGUCUGGACUCUCUGGUUCAGAAACUGAUCGAUCCUAAGCCCCGCCUCCCAAAUGCAAACCAGCCAAUCAUAGCUCACUCUGAGAAACUCAAGCUCUUCUGUCUGGACCAUCAGCAGCCAGUGUGUCUCGUCUGUCGAGACUCAAAGAAACACACCGACCACAAGUUCAGACCCGUCGACGAAGCUGCACAGGAUCACAGGAAGGAACUGCAGAGAUCACUGAAGCCCCUCCAGGAGAAACUGGAGCUCUUCAUUAGAGUUAAAGGAAACUGUGGUCCAAUGGCCAAGCACAUUAAGGUCCAGGCCCGACGCACAGAGCGGCAGAUUAAGGAGCAGUUUAAGAAGCUUCACCAGUUUCUCCAAGAGGAAGAGGAGGCCAGGAUCACCGCUCUGAGGGAGGAAGAGGAGCAGAAGAGUCGGACGAUGAAGGAGAAGACGGAGGCUCUGAGCAGAGAGAUAGCAGCCCUUUCAGACACAAUCAGAGCCACAGAGAAGGAGCUGAGAGCUGAAGACGUCUCAUUCCUGCUCAACUACAAGGCUACAGUGGAGAGAGUCCAGCGCCCCCUGCUGGAGGAUCCACAGCUGCUCUCAGGAGCUCUGAUAGACGAGGCCAAACACCUGGGCAACCUGAGCUUCACCGUCUGGGACAAGAUGAAGGAGGUGGUCUCCUACACUCCUGUGGUUCUGGAUCCCAACACUGCUCGUCCAGAACUGGUCCUGUCUGAAGAUCUGACCCGUGUGCAAGGAGGACGGCGACAGAAACUCCCUGACAACCCGGAGAGGUUCGACUACCGCUGCGCUGUCCUGGGAUCUGAGGGCUUCAACUCCGGGACCCACAGCUGGGACGUGGAGGUCGGAGACAGUCCGGUCUGGGGCCUGGGUGUGAUAGAAGAGUCUGUCCAUAGGAAGGGGGACAUUCAGUCGGGGUUAUGGAUCACAUGGUUCUGGGGUGGUGAAUACAGGACGUUCUCCCCCUCGGGUCCAGUCACUGUUCUGCCGGUCCAGAAGAAGCUCCAGAGGAUCAGAGUCCAUCUGGACUGGAACAGAGGAAAGCUGACCUUCUCUGAUCCUGACGUUAACACACACAUACACACCUUCACACACACUUUCACUGACAUGAUGUUUCCAUACAUCAGCUCUCUGAGCUCAGGCCCAGUGAGGAUUCUGCCGGUGAAGCUUUCUGUCAGCAUGGAGGAGCUCCAGCCACCUAACCCUAACCCUAACCCUCAAGCGUGA